AAUAAAUUAUUGGUGAGAUUACAACAAUUGUUAUAUUAGCUUAGGUACCUAUUUAAGACAGACAUUUAUGUGGAGUUUAAACAUAAAACAAAAUGACAAAUACAAUAGUUUCACUUUUAUCUAUCUUCAUCAGUAUGGUUACAAAACUGUGGUCAGAGUGUCGGAAAGGGUGCGCAAAAAUAUGCUCACCAAUUGACCUUUACCUUUAACCUUGGAGGUAAAAGGUCAUUGCCCUGAGGUCGCUGAUCUAAAAUUCAUUGACCUAAGAGGUCAUUUAACUUUUUUUGGACUUAAAAUUUUGAUUACCAGCAUCACUUUUAGUCAUAUGUAACUUUUUUCGCGCGGCCCCUAUUUACUAACAAAAACAAAUACCUAUCAUAACAGAUACCUUCUAUCUCAUUAAUAUACAGCUCUUAUUUAUUUCCAGUUUCUCUGAAUAUUUCAUUUCAAUAUGAUUUGUUACUUUGCCAUUAACAUAUUGCAAAGAAGAUGUUAUGGUAAUGACAGUGAAGAUCAACUAAUAUUAGGUCUGAAAUUCUAGAAAAUAUACAGAAGAAGAAAGAGCAAGAGAAAGAGCCACAGAGCCCUGGUUUUCAACAGCAACUAUCAAAAUCAAAUGAAAAGCCUUUGCAUGCCCCUGAAAAUGUCAAUUCUCCAGUGAACCAACAUGUUCCAUCACAGCAACUCUUGUCUCCAAGUCAUGGUUCUACCCAGCCUAUGCAAGCAAAGGAUGAUAAUAACAAGACAAUAAAGGUUGCUAACUCAACAACUAUAACUUUGAUUGAUAACGGAAAUCUCAAUGGUGAGAAGGAUAAAGACAAUAACUUUCCCAAAAAUUACUUUACUUUAGAAUCUAAAAAUGAUAAAAAAGAUGAAAGUAACAAGAAUAGUAUUACUAUAACUAGGACUUUACCAAAACAAUCUCCCGGCAGUGGACAGCCUGAUAAGACUAAAGUAGCUCCAAAGCCUGCUAAAAGGCCCUUACAGUGUUUAGAAACUCUUGCUGAAAAAGCAGGAAUAACUUUUGAGGAUAAGUACGAAGCAGCCAACACGUUGCUGGCUUUGGAUAAACAAAAUAAUAGCUUCAGAAGGCCUCCAGAGCUAAAACAGCCUAAGACUGAACCAGAUAAUCAUAAUCAAAGCGAGGAGUAUAGGUACAGGAACCAAAAAGAAGAGGAUGAUAAAUUGCAGAUCCAGCAGCAGAUAAUUCAACAACAACAACAACAACAACAACAGCAACAACUACAACAGUUCCAACUACAACAGCAACAGUUUCAGCAACAACAGUUGCAACAACAAGCUUUGCAGCGACAGCACCAGCAAGUUUUCCACCAGCAAAUCAAAUCUCAUCAGGAUCAGCAGGAACUUUUACAGAAACAGUUACAGCAACUGCAACAGCAACAGCUUCAACAACAACAUCAGCAGCAACAGCAACAACAACAACAACAAAAAACAGAUUUGCAACCAGCGCAGCAGCAGCAGCAGCCCGAUUUACAGCAACAGAAGUUAUUACAGCCCGUGCAUACGCAGCAGUUUAAUGUACCGGGGAUAGGUGAAAUCAAUCUUAGUUUCCUGGCCUCACCACAAAAUAACGUCAACUUGCUCUUUGAGAAGAACCAGAAAGCCGGCAUGAGUGGGGAGAUAAAACCUCAACAGAUAGUGGACAGUCAAACCCAGGUAGUUCAGCAACAAAUGAGCAUGGCACAGCACGAACCUUCACAACAGCACCACCAGACGGUCACUGUGGUGUCUUCCAUGCCCAGCAGCAUGGCGCAGCAUCAGGUGCAACAGCAGCAGCCGGCAGCCGGCAUCCAGCAGCAAGCGGGGGCCGGCAUCUCCACGAUGCCGCCGCUGCAGAGUCUGCCGCCCAACGCUCAGCAUCCGCAACAGAUAAGUGCGGAGUGGGGCCACAGCCGCGUGCAAGUGAUCCAGCAACCCUUACAGAACAGCACGUAUCUGCAGCAGCUGUACAACGCGCAAGGCCCGCUCCUCAUGCCCGGGAAUAUCGCCCUACAUCCUGGCAUAAACUCACAACAGAUACAGGUGAUAGCGGCGGGCAAGCCCUUCCAGAGCAACCAACUGGCUCCGCACAUGUUGACCGCCCAGGGCAAGCAAGUGCUGCAGGGGCAAGCUGUAAAUUUUGCAGGUCUCACUACGUAUCAGGAACAAGCGCCGUUCCCGGGCUACACCACGAUCCCCGCGAUCCCUACGACCCAGAACCAGACAUUCGUGUUCAGUCCCCUGGGCGUCAUCAACUCGCAGCCGAGUAUUCUGCCCGCGCACUCCCAGCCAAUCGUCUCGGGCAUUGGCCAGCAGCAGAAACCCGCUGAAAUGCACAAGGUGAUGAGCGGCGGCAAGGUGGCCGGCGGUAAGGUCAGCGGCGGCGCGAGCGCAGCGCAGACGGUGCCGGUGCAGGCGCAGUGUGUGCAGGUCUCGCAGCCCGUGCUCAGCGCGCAGCAGCCUGCGCAGGCGCAGAUCAUCAGUCCGCUGCAGACUGGCGGUCAGACCAUGCAGUUCGCGCCAUGGCAGAUAUCUGGAGCCCUGCCGCAGGUGUGGACGGGGGGGCUGCAGGCCGGGACUCUGCCCGCGGGGGGGCUCAUCGCCAACAACCCCAUCUUCAUCCGCGGCACACAGCCCGACGCACAACCCUCCAUGUUCAUACAGCACUCACCGCAGAAUAACGUCCAACAUACCAAUGCCAGUGUUGCAUGCGCAACGGGCACGGUGGCGAAGCCCCGAGCUUCCUCGGACGGAAUGGCGAAGGGCCCGCGGCCGUUAUCCAACAUCCUGCCUUCCGGCAUCAGGCCAGCCUCGUCCGUCUCCACGCAGACCAGCGCCAACCAAGCUCAGAACCAAGCCAAACACCGCGGCAAGCCGGGCGUGCGAUCGCCGGCGCCGGCGGCGAAGCAAGACGCCGCGAACCAAACAAAUAAGAUGCAGCAUCAGAUGCAACAGCCAAAGCAGCAAUUGCUGGUGAUGAACGCGUCGGGCCAGAUGACUCAGAUAACGAGCUUGCAAGACAAACAGCCGAUCAAGGGCAUCCAACAGCAAGCGAUGCUACAGCAGCAGGCCCUGCAGCAACAACAGCAGCAGCAACAACAACAGCAACAGCAGCAACAGUUACUGCAUCAGCAACAACAACAAACUCAACAAAUGGUUCAACACUACCAACAAGGUAUGGCCCUGGGUAUGCAACAAGGUGCGCCACCUGUCGGCUCAGUGGGGCAAACUCUACCCAUGGCGGGUAUGCCCCAGACCAUCUCCAUGGUGCAACAAAUACAUCCGCUCGGAGGCAUGGCCCAGCCUGGAACGUUGGUGGGUCAGCUCAACACGACCCAACCACCGAACGCUUCGCUCACACAAGUGCAGACGUUGCAACAGCCACAAACAUUGGUGGGCAGCAGCCUGGUGCAGACCUCGGUCGGUGUGGCUGUGCAGCAGCAACCUGGUCUGAACCACUCCACGUCGAUGCAGACGCCCGGUCUACUCGACGGGACUCCGCUGCUGUCCGCGCCCCUCGUGCAAGUGUCCCCGGCCUUACUGCAUCAUGAGGUACCAGCUAAUAGCGUGAACUCCCUGCAAGUGGCGUCGCAGGCGGUGGGGCUGGUGGCGGCUCCUGUCCAGGGCUCCGUGGUGCCUUUGCAGCCCACCGCCCUUAUGCACGUCAAGAGCGAGGAGGACAAGGGAUCGCAGAUGCAGCCGCCAGUGGUCCAGCAGAUAGCGCCGCAACCGGCCGCGAGCGCCGAGCCUGGCAUCGAACCCGCUACCUCCGCGGCGAUGUUCAGCACCGCCACCACAACGGUCGCUAGCGCCGCCACUGUCACCACCGCCGACGCCGCCAUAUCGACGACUGCCGCUGCUAUUGGUCCAUCGGCGGCCGUGGAGACGAGUAAAGCGAGCCAGGUGAAGGUGGAGCCGGCGCCCGGUCCGGAGCCGGCUGCGGUGGCACCGCCGACCCCCGCCACCGCGAUCGUGCCCAGCAGUGCGCAGCAUACCACGCCCGUAGCGCCACAGGUGGUGACGACAGUGGCGUCGUCGACAUCGUCCGCCGCCACGAUGACGGCGGCCGUCACGGCGCCCGUCUCCUCCGGCGGCCCGCUGUUCAAGAGUUCCCAGUGCGCCCCCAGACACAUCAGUCAGGCUAAUACCGACAAAGGGCUUCCGAAGGCGAUGGUGAAGCCCAAUAUCCUGACGCACGUAAUCGAGGGCUACGUGAUUCAAGAGGCGGGAGAACCGUUUGCUGUAAACCGUCCGCUGCGCGAGUGGGGCAUGGACAAGGAACAAGACAAGGAAAACAAGCUGCCCUCUGCCGACGAGCCGCCGCGCAAGAAGCAAAUGUUGGACACGGGCGGGAGUCUGCCGCGGAUCAGCUCGACCAUGGACACGAGCGACACCAGCCCACCCAAGGAGGUGGCGGCAGACGCCUCGGACCACGCCUUGGAAGACCAGCCCAAGUUGCCCAAUGCCCACAAGUGGACGGUGGCCGAGGUGUGCGAAUUCAUCCGCAACAUCCCCGGGUGCGCGGGCUACGCGGACGAGUUCCUCAUGCAGGAGGUGGACGGCGAGGCGCUGCUGCUCAUCAAGCCGGAGCACCUCGUGAUGGCGCUGUCCAUGAAGCUGGGCCCGGCGCUCAAGAUCGUCGCCUGCAUCGACUCGCUGCGGCCGGAGUCCGACCAGCCCGACCACGACUGAGAUCUAUUAUUCUACUACCUACGUAACCUGUGGUUGCACGAACGGAAUGAAUAAGCAGACAGUGUUCAAUAAAUCGUCAGUAAGUGUGACAAUUAAUUUAUUAUAUUACGUGUAUAGCUAUUGUAUUAUAGUAGUAUUAGAUUAGGUUUGUAGUAGUUAUGGUACAUUACGGUGAUAUAUCACAGACGAAUCUUUGUAUUACAUUGUAAUGUUUUAUAAAUUUAAGAUAAGUGUAUCACUUUUGUAUUUACAUUACAUUAAAUAUUACUGAAAUAUUACUCUAAAUUGCUAUUAUAUGGCUAAUAUUUAUUAAUAUAUAUAAGCUGUGUCUAGUUAUAAAAUUAAUUGUUAUGAUGUUUGUAAUUUACGGUUCACAAAUAAAAUACUUGUUCAUGAUAAUUUUUAUGUAAUAAUAAUUUUAACCGGACUAACAUAUUUUUGAUUAACUUUUAAGUCGGAUCGAUUGUCGAUCGUAGCGUCUAAUGCAUACUAGGCAAUUUCCGAGCGACAAUUUAUAAUCGCGCGAUUUGUGUCAUAAUGAUCUAGCAGACGCUUCGUUUGAUAAUCAACAUUAGAUAUAUUUUAAAAUUCGUCUAUGUCACGGUGAGCUUACGUAGCAACGCGUUUCAACUGUAACGAACUCUGUUUUUUUUUAGUUAUUUAUCACAGUCCCACUAAUUUUGAAAUUAUAUGUGCUAAUUGAAUUUACGACCGAGAAAAAUCUGCGAGAGCAGCUUUUAGCUUAUUUUAAAUCACGUAUUUUUUAAAUACUAAUGCAUAAAUAUAUUAAUGCAGUAGUUUGAAAGCCUCUCAUGCUAAUGUGGUAAUAAGUACGAAAAUAUAAUAUCAUCAUUCGAAGUUGUAUGUUCAGAAACUCACACGAAACGCGCCGCUGCGUGCGCUCGCCUGCCCAGUGCACUUAGGACAAAUGUCGAAAGUUCCGCCUACCUAGUUUUAAGUAUAUAGUUUAAAUUUAACACUUAGUUUUUAGCAUGGGUAAAUACAAACGGAACAGAUUUUUAAGUAUAUUCUUGACUCUAAUAAAUGUAUUUUAAAAUGGUGAUCAUGCUCACUAAUUCAACGGUUUAACUUAUCAUGUACCAAAGGAUUUGUUAGUUUCCUAUAAACAGCAGUCCAAUUGUCCAACGCGACAAUAGCUUCUUCCGUGUCUGGUUGACGAGAUUUAUUAAAUGCACUAACGUUUUAUUAAUUUAGGUGUUUAACUUUGCUCGUUUAUAUUAUUUUCUAUGAUUUAGGUUCAAUGCUAUCAAAUACUCAUUUUAGCAAAGUAUUUUCAAUUUCACCAUAUAUAAGUACCUAAAUAGAUUCUAAAUGGUCAUCCUAAUUUUAUAUUUCCAAAUGGUGGUUGGCAAAGUACCAAAAUAUUAUGAGAGCUCUCUUCAACAUUCAACUAUAAAGUGUAAGACAUCUUUAAUGUAUUAAUUAUUUACAUUGUAUCAUAGUAAUCACUAAGUGUAAAAUUAAAUUUAUUGUAUUGUAGGAACGAGAUUUUCCUGAGUAAUGAAUUACUAAAAACGACAAGUCUGUAGAGACACUUUUGUGACUUUCAGGUCUUACCUCCAUCGAACUAGACACCGAGAGUCUUGAUUACUCGCCCAUCACCCCGAUCCAUUCAGUUUGUUUAUUUUUACUGUUACAUUUCUGUAUUUUAACCGAAUGUUGUAAAUAUAAUAACUUAAUGCCGCGGUUUCGCCGCGAUAAUUUCUCUUCUAAACAAAGAAGAAAAACUAGUAACAUUUUAUUGGAUUCAUAUCGUCUCCCAUCUUUAAUUUAAUUAAAUUUUUUUCUAUGUAUGUAUAUGUGCAUUUCUCGCUGUAUGUCUCGUCCCUUUACCCGCUUUCCAGAAAUUCAAAUGAUGUGUAGUCAACAGCACAUCAAAUUACCAUGCAUUUACCUUUAUCGCGCGGCAAGAUUGCAUUGCAUUUGGGUAGGUUGAUGUGCUGUUGACUGUA